AUGGAUUCUUUGCCUGAAUUACCGCCUGAUACGAUGCCACUUCGACAUCAAGUAGCAGGACAUUUUUAUGGACAAUCGAAAACAAAACUUGGUCUACUUCAACGAAUUUCCACUGGUGAUGUUCUCAAACCAUUAAUUGAUGAUAAACGGGGUCAACGUGAACAACAAUUUUAUAUGGACAUGUUCUUCAAUAAAACUUCCAAAGAUUUACGUGCACUUCAAUCAUUUGUGCCUACGCUUUUAGGUAUCUAUGAGCACAACGAAGUGCACUAUCUAAUUCUUGAAAAUAUUCUUCAAACUUUUCAUUAUCCUUGUGUUGCUGAUAUCAAACUGGGACGAAUAACGUAUGAUCAUGAAGCAACUCUCGAAAAAAUAGAAAGUUGUCAUAAAAAAUUUCCAGAUGUUAAUCAUCUUGGUUUUCAAUUGCUCGGUUGGCAAAUUUAUCAUCCAACAGAAGAUUUCUAUGAAUAUCGUGAUAAAAUUUUUGGUCGAUCAUUAACAAAAGAAGAAAUUCCUCAUGCACUUGCUCAUUUCUAUGGCGCACCAAAAAUUAAUCAUCGUCAAAUCGUACAAUCUGUAUUGGAUCGUCUUAUAGAUCUUGAAAAAGUCAUCUCGAAACAAUAUGGACUCGUUCUUAUUGCAUCCUCACUUUUAAUCGUUUAUGAAGGUGAACAGUUAGACAAAGAGAAUGAUCAACAAUGGAAACGAAAAAUCGAUGUACGACUGGUAGACUUCGCGCAUACUUUUCAGUAUAGCGAAAGUUUGGAAGCAGAUGAAAAUUUUCUUUUCGGUCUGCGUAAUUAUAUAAAUCAUCUUCGACAAUUACUCAAUAAUGAAUAUAUCUACACUGCUGUCAACAAGUAA